AUGAGCUUCAAUGAGAUGGAGCAUGAAGCAGAUUUUUGUUUGUCAACUAGCACCUCGCAGUGGGUGGCGCCACCCGCUAUCUCAUGGACUCGUGAAGAAAUCAGCAUGAUUCAAGAAAUGUUUCUUUCGGAUGAGAAAGGUAUUCGGAUCCGAGAGAUAUCCAUAAGUGACAGUAAACAAUCCGAGACUGAGAGCCCGCUAGCCGUCUCUGUAGACCAGAGUACCAACGCCACCAGCAUGCUGUUGUCGCCUAUUGACGCGGAUAAUGCUUUACUACGAAACUCGACGAUGAGCGAAAAGGAUGACAUGGCUAAUUACUUCGUCGAUCGAAUUCUCCCUGUAAACUCUGAGGUGUCUGUACCGUCGUCUGUGUCUAUUUCGAGCAAUGGGCGAUCAAUUGAGCACAUGCUGAGCAAAUUGCGCGCCAAGGUAGAGGAUCUUAGUCAUAUUUACUAUUCUCGCUGCAGCAAAUAUUCGGGUGGCGACGAAAGGAACACCAAAAAGGUGAAAUUGUCGUUUGCGAUCAAGAGACUUAAGCGUGUUAUACAAGGCCUCUCUAUGGAGAACGACCGGCUCAAAAGAUACACCAAGAGCUCACACUGUGAAAUUUCUCGUUUGCAUUCUCGAUGCAGCUGGCUGGAGAUUAAGCAGCUGAGCCAGUACAUUAGUAAAGCAACAUGCGCGGCAGCUGUUAAGGACGGAAUAGACCUUGCACUGAACUACGUAAUGAAUGGUAGAGUACUCAUGGAUCGCCAUGACGAACUUGGAUGGGAUUACAAGAGCUUUUUGACUCAACAUGGCGCAUUCUCGUUCAAAUUGAAGAAGGAUUAUCCCAAGGAGGUAAACAUGCACGGUGUGAUUAAGAAGACAUUGGCAAUCGUGACAGAUUCCGAGAACGUAUCUCGUGUGAAGCACAGCUUCAUUAGGGUGCAGCAGGUGACAAAAUUGGACCAGGAUGUUGUAAUCGUAUAUGACAUGCCUAACUAUUCCGCGCCACGCAUGGACCGCGUCGUUGCAGUGCUCUUUCGGGCGGAAACGCCGACCGGAUUUUUGCUUGGUCUGCGCUCACUUAAUGUGGACAACCAUAGUGAUACUGAGCGACGCAUGGACUGCACAGUGUGGCAGCGAUACAAUCGCAAGCAGGAUGGCGGAUUUUCUGUCACGGCAGGCGGUGUCAUGACACUUCCGUCGCGUGCAGGCGUCAACUUGAUGGCGGUAGAAGUAUACUGCCUUCAUUGGCGGUGGGAAAGUAGCGUUAUCGGCACACAAUGGGCUAUUUGA